AUGAAUAAGAGACAGAAGAGAAAUAUGUUACUUAUUAUUGUGCCAAUAUCAAUGCUAUUGUUGCUUACCAUAGUCUACUUGGUUGCAUUAAUGAGACCAGAAUUAUUGAUCAACAAAAAUAAUAAAUCGGAAAAGAAGAGUUCUAAGAAGGAUUCAGAUAAAACACAAAGCAAAAAGAAUGAUGGUAGACCAAGUAACGAAAGAAACAGUGAGAAAACAGCAAACAGAGAAGAUGAUGAGAAUAAGGAAAAGAAUGAAAACAAGAAGAAAGAGGAAAACAAGAGCAAGGCACCAGAAGAAACGGAAUCAAAUGAGUCAAAUGAUGCUGAAUCAGCCCCAAUAGCUAAAGUAGUUGAACAGGUAAUAGAGGAGGCUAUUGAUAAAAAAGUAAUAACAGAAGAAGAUCAAUAUCACGCGAUUGAAAUCGAAGAGGUAGAAGAAAGAGUGAAAGAAGUUGAAAAGACUCCAAGGAAAACAAUAGAAGAAGAUAUUUCAGUAACACCAGCACAAACAAUUGAAUCAAACGAUGCCAAUGAUCAGGAAGAACUAAGUGAUAAAGAAGCAGAUAUUGAACAAGAAAUGAUUAUUGCACCUGAAGAGAGCAUUCAAUCAGAAACAAUUGAAGUAUUAAAAGAAUCACUCACUGAAAUAGCCAACGAAUCACUCAGUGAAUCAUUUAGUGAACCUGAGGAUAAUAUUGGAUCAGAAGUAAUUGAUCAGGUUGAAGCAGUUACCGAAAUAUCUAACGAACCACUCAGUGAAUCCAUUAGUGAACCUAAGUUAAUUGAGCAAGCUGAUAUCAAUAUUCAGACUGAAAUGAACACACAAACAACCCCAAAACCAAUAACUGAGAUAGAUUCAAUUGACGAGAGCCAUCUAACUAAUGAAACAGACCUAGUUAACGAAACAGACCCAAAUAAUCAGACUCAUCCAACUGAUCAAACGGAUUUAACUAAUGAUACUGAUAGUGUAGAGAGUGACUUCAAUCUGGAUGAAGUAAGUGAUUCAAUACUAGAACACGUUCCAAAGGAUGAUAUUGAGAGCCAACAUAUUUCAGAUCACGAAUCCAUAAGUGAUUUUGAUAUGGAUGAAAUCAGUGACAACAUCCUCACCAGAGUUGAUUCUAAUCAGCCAAUUAAUACAACAGAUAAACCAAUCAGCAAAAUAACUGGAAUUGCUGUAGAAGGAAGAGACAUCAGUGAAAUAGCCAAUAUCAAACCACUGAAACCUAAUACUGCAGAAAUGAUCAAUAACCUAACUAUAACGAAUCUACAUACGAAAUUAAUUCCAUUGCUAAGUGCAUUAUAUCAAUUCAAUGUAGACUCCAAGACAAUCAUUCUACCAAGUAUAUUGAAGAGUCAUUUGAUCAAAAAAUGUGGAUGGGAAAUGAAGAUAGACGAAUUGAAGGAAACAGGAGAGAAGGAAAUGGAAGAAGCAUUAGACGGGUACAAGAAGAAUCUCAGGCAAAAUCAGAAUACGAAUACAGAAGAUAUUUCAAUUCUGUUAACUAAGGUAGCAAUUCUUGGGUUUGUUACUGCUGUAUUUGGUGAUACAAGUGGUGGAAUAGAGCAGAGUACGAAUCAGAUGGUCGUAGAGAAUGUAACUGAUCAGAUCUACAUUCUAAUUCAGAAUAAGGGAUGA